AUGCCGUUCGACAAAAUUUUACUCCUAGUAUCCGAAAUUACCGACAGUCCCUGAACGCAGCAGCUGGCUGGCGAAGAUGGCGGACUGUAUACGUGUUCCUCUGCUCCUGAUUUUCAUGUGCUCAUUACCGCUUUUUCAUCCGUCUCGAGCAGAUAACAACGGCCUCGCCAAAGCUAGGCCCAAUGCUGCUAACCCACAGAACCAGCCUGGUGGUGCAGGUCAGGCCGCGAUGAAUGUGGGAGCCGCUGAGAGGAACCUGGGAGCCGGGGCCUCAGCGCAGAGGAAGCGCUCUGCCGGGUGGAAGUUGUCUGACGAGGCGGUUUGCAGGGAUGACCUGACACGGCUGUGUUCGAAGGAGUCCUGGAACAACAACCUGGAGCUGCUUGUGUGCCUUCAGGACAAGAAAGAGGACACUGAGAUCGCUCCUGACUGUAACCAUCUGCUGUGGAACUACAAAUACAACCUGACCACCGACCCCAAGUUAGAGUCUGUUGCUGUGGAGGUCUGCAGGUCCACCAUCUCUGAGAUUAAAGAGUGUGCGGCGGAGGAGUUGGGGAAAGGCUACCUGGUGUCAUGCCUGGUGGAUCACCGCAGCAACAUCAGCGACUACCAAUGCAACCAGUACAUCACCAAGAUGGCCACCAUCGUCUUCAGCGACUACCGCCUCCUUUGUGGCUUCAUGGACAAGUGUCGUGAGGACAUUGAUGCUCUGCGCUGUGGCAGCAUCAGCACUGGAGAGAAGGACAUCCAUUCACAGGGCGAAGUCAUCGCAUGUCUAGAGAAAGGUUUGGUGCGGGAGGCGGAAGAGCAGCCAGGAGCGCACCCCAUAAAGGAUGAGUGCAAAAAGUCCAUCAUGAGGGUGGCGGAGCUCUCCUCUGACGACUUCCACCUUGAUCGCUACCUCUACUUCGCCUGCCGUGAGGACCGCGAGCGCUUCUGUGCAAAUACAUUGGCCGGCGAGGGGCGAGUUUACAAGUGUCUCUUCAAUCACAAGUUUGAGGAGGCCAUGUCUGAGAGGUGUCGCGAGGCGCUGACCACCAGGCAGAAGCUGAUCGCUCAGGACUACAAAGUGAGCUACUCACUGGCCAAAGCCUGCAAGUCAGACCUGAGGAAGUACCGUUGCAGUAUGGACAGCGGCAUGCCUCGAGCCAGAGAGGCGCGCCUGUCCUACCUGCUGCUCUGCCUUGAGUCAGCCGUGCAUCGAGGUCGCGUGGUCAGUGGCGAGUGCCAGGGUGAGAUGAUGGACUACAGGAGGAUGCUGAUGGAGGACUUCUCUCUGAGCCCAGAGAUCGUCCUCCACUGUCGCAGCGAGAUUGAGGGUCACUGCUCUGGUCUGCACCGCAAAGGUCGCACGCUGCACUGCCUGAUGAGGGUGGGCCGAGGUGACAUGGGUGCCAUAGACACCAACUGUCAGAGGGCGCUCCAGAAUCUGAUCCAGGAGGCAGACCCGGGUGCGGAUUACCGCAUCGAUCGUGCUCUGAACGAAGCCUGCGAGUCCGUCAUCCAGACAGCCUGCAAACACAUCCGAAACGGAGACCCUAUGAUCCUGUCAUGUCUGAUGGAGCAUCUGUACACUGACAAGAUGGUGGAGGACUGUGAGCACAGGCUGCUGGAGCUGCAGUACUUCAUCGCACGAGACUGGAAGCUGGACCCCAUCCUCUUCAAGAAGUGUCAGGGCGACGCAGCGCGACUCUGCCACACGCAAGGCUGGAACGAGACCAGCGAGAUGAUGCCACCCGGUGCCAUCUUCUCCUGCUUGUACCGCCACGCCUACCGCUCGGUGGAGCAGGGGCGCAGGUUCCAUGAUGGAAACACUGAGACAGGAAGCAUUACUUGGACUUUGUCCCGCGACUGCAAGGUGGAGGUGCAUAGGAUCCUCCACCAGAGGGCGCUGGACGUGAAGCUGGACCCAGAGCUGCAAAGACGCUGCAUGACCGACCUGGGCAAAUGGUGCAGCGAGAAGACAGAGGCGGGACAGGAACUGGAGUGUCUUCAGGACCACCUGGAGGAUCUAGUGUCGGACUGUCGGAACGUAGUCGGCAACCUGACGGAGCUGGAGUCUGAGGACAUCCAGAUCGAGGCACUACUCAUGCGAGCCUGCGAACCAGUCAUCCAGGCUUAUUGUCAUGAGGUGGCUGACAACCAGAUUGAUUCCGGUGACCUGAUGGAGUGUUUGGCGCAGAACAAACACCAGAAGGAGAUGAAUGACAAGUGCUCAGUGGGUGUGACACACUUCCAACUGAUUCAGAUUAAAGACUUCCGCUUUUCCUACAAGUUCAAGACGGCCUGCAAGGAAGAUGUCCUCAAACUGUGUCCCAACAUCAAGAAGAAUUUUCCAUGCAUGCUGCUCAGGGUGGAUGUGGUGAUCUGCCUCAGCACCACGGUGAGGAAUGACACCUUGCAGGACGCCAAGGAGCAGCGCGUGUCGGUGAAAUGUCGCAAACAGCUGCGUGUGGAGGAGGUGGAGAUGUCUGAGGACAUCCGCCUGGAACCAGAACUGUACGAGUCCUGUAAGCAGGACAUCAGUCACCUGUGUCAGAACGUGGCUUUUGGCAAUGCACAGGUCAUAGAGUGUCUGAAGGAGAACAAACGGCAACUGACUCAACGUUGUCACCAGAAGAUCUUCAAACUUCAGGAAGUGGAGAUGGUGGAUCCUGAACUCGACUAUCAGCUGAUGAGAGUCUGCAAGCACAUGAUCAGGCGCUUUUGCACAGAGUCGGAGGGCAAGAACGUUCUUCAGUGUCUGAAACAGAACAAGAACAGCGAGAUGAUGGAUCCAAAGUGCAAACAGAUGAUCACCAAGCGUCAGAUCACGCAGAACACUGACUACAGGCUGAACCCGGUUCUGAGGAAGGCCUGCAAAGCUGACAUUCCGAAGUUCUGCCAGCCCAUUUUGAACAAGGCGACAGCUGACAGCGAGCUGGAGGGGCAGGUCAUUGCCUGCCUCAAACUCAAGUAUGCAGACCAGCGCCUGUCAUCAGACUGCGAGGAUCAGAUCCGGGUCAUCUUGCAGGAGUCAGCUCUGGACUACCGACUGGACCCUCAGCUGCAGAUCUACUGCACUCAGGAGAUCUCACGGUUGUGUCCAGAGGAGGCAGCAGCACAGGAGCAGACAGGUCAGGUGGAAGAGUGUCUGAAGCUCAACCUGCUCAAAAUCAAAAAGGAAGACUGCAAGAAGGAGGUGUUAAACAUGCUGAAGGAGAGCAAGGCGGACAUAUUUGUUGACCCGGUCUUGCACACGGCCUGCGCCCUCGACAUCAAGCACCACUGUGCUGCUAUCCCACCCGGCAGGGGGCGCCAGAUGUCAUGCCUGAUGGAGACGCUGCAAGACAAGCGCGUACGUCUUCAGCCCGAGUGCAAGAAGAGGCUUCAGGACCGCAUUGACAUGUGGAGCUUCGCCGCCAAGGUCGCUCCUGCUGAGGGUUUCUCAGACCUGGCCAUGCAGGUGAUGACGUCCCCGUCCAAGAACUACAUAUUGACCAUGAUUGGCGCCAGCGUGGCGCUGCUCUUCCUGAUGGGACUCCUCUGUGGCAGAAUCACUAAGCGCGUCACUCAGGAGCUGAAGGACAGGUAGACGACACCCACUCCAGGCUCUGGACACGCCCACAGGAGAAGUGACCGCCGUCGUUGACCUCAAGUCCUCCAUGCGGCUGUCCAUGGUCAUGUGACUCUCCAAACCCCCACCCCCCCAUCCUCCUGGAUGGCGAACCACUGUCUCUCUGCUAGCCCUGCCCACACUGUUAAAGGAGGCCCCGCCCCUAUUGUUUUGUCCUUCAACAGAGGCACCCCCUUUUCCUCCUCUGUGGGGGUAUAGGGUCAAGAGGUCAAGACGUGAGAGCGUGUAAAUGUGUACAAAGUGUGACAUGAAAAGCUCAUCUAUAGAGCGCUUUAAUGACUCCUGUGUGUGUGUGUGUGUGUGUGUGUGUGUGAGAGAGAGAGGGAGAGAGGGAGGGUGUGCAUCAUUGUCUUUUCCUUUGUCCAGAUCACGGUCAGAGGUCAUUUGUUUUUUUGUGGCUGUUUGAUUAAUCGCCAUGGGACUGCCAGGCAGGCAGCCUUCCUCUGGGAGACAUCACUGCGGUGCUCCGGCCAGAACUUCCCCCCUUUCUCUGACGUGUCUCAGCUCUCCUUAUGCACUUCUUUUUGUCCCACGCCCCCACCUGUGCCAUAAACGCAGGACUCCCCCUGCUGUUUACCUUGUGACAUCACUGCAUAAAGCAGUCAUCAUGUAGAGAGGCGGGACUGCGCGUGAUGUCACGUGUCAGCGUAUUUGAAGUUGGGGAACUUGUGGUGUUGCCCUCUGCAGGCAAGCUGAGUGCAGUGCAGGAAGUGGCGGGGGAUCCUUACAGUAGAGAUGUGAAGAUUAAGAGAAAUCAUUGCAGUUUGCUUUUUCUCUAAGUAUGUGUGUGUGUGUGUGUGUGUGUGUGUGUGUGUGUGUGUGUAUGUGUAUAUAUAUAUAUAUAUAUAUAUAUAUAUAUAUAUA